GUCUGGCUUCAAUGCUCGCAUAGAAGUAAAAGCGGCAAAGUCAGGGCGACAAUGGCGGCAGAGGCAAACGGCACGUCGCACGGGGCGAGAAGCGCAGAGAGUUCGGCUGCAACUGCUGGCCCUUCGACGGCUCUCGAGGCGCUGCAGGCGUUCAAGGAGGCGCAGGAGCGGCGCGUGGCGCACUGGCAAGAGUACGAUGAGGCGAUGCGGCACUACGACGACUCGACGCCUCGCCUCCAGCAGGCCUCCUCCAACGACGCGGGCGAGAUUCGAACAGGGCCACCCCCAUCCUCAGAAGCAGCAAGAACAAGCGGCCAGAGCCAAGGAAGUGGACGUGGGUGCGGGCAUGGGAGCAGCAGCCACUACGACGAGGGCCCGCUUCCCAUCUCGGACGAGCUGAUGGCCAAGAUCCUCUCGCUGGUGACGUCGGGCCUCCUCGACUGCUCCCAUGCAGUCAGGACCGUCGAGACGGAGCUGCGUACGGCGCUGAGCAGGUCAGACCUGGCGGACCUCGUGGGCAAGGUGCAGGCGCUCGAAAACACAGUGCUGCGCUCUAUUGUGGAGCGCGACCAGAACAAGCGCCGGGCCAGGCUCGAGGCGCGCGACCUCGACGCCGACAUCCAGGCGAGCGAGGCGACGGUGCGUCAGACGCGGCAGGAGAUCGCAGAGGUCAUGACCGAGAUCAAUGCCGAGAUGGCCGAGCUGUGACAAGUGUACAACAACAAUCAAUCCCAUUUUGCGAC